AUAUACUUCUAUAACUUUCCAUUUUUGAAUUGCACGUAGAUAAUUAGUGAUCUCAUAUAAUUGUUUAAAUCGUCAAUUUUCAUACUGCAAUUCGUGUACAAAAUGUUUUGCUUGAUUUAGAAGGUUUUAAGAAGUCGUGUAUUAAUAGGCUAUCACAUUAAAUUUCAAGUAAAGUGAAUAACUAGUGAAUUGGCUUCCAUCAACAGGCGUCAAUGCGAAGUGGAGCGCUAGCAGCAAUGGAGGCAGAACCCGACCUCAGCACCUUUGAGAAUAAGUCCGGAUUGGCUGAAGAUAUGAAAUUCCUCGCAUCAAUGCCGGAGCUGUGUGACGUCACGUUCUUAGUGGGCGACACAAGAGAGCCGGUGUGUGCUGUUAAGGCAGUAUUAGCAGCCAGGAGCCGGGUAUUCCAAAAAAUGCUAUACCAAGCACCAAGCCCACAGAGAAAGAAAGAAUCAGCACCACGCGAAAACAAGCUACGUCUCUUCUUGAAGCGAUCCUCCGAACCCCUUCUGAACCUGCAAAACGCCGCUCAACAGAGAUCAACUUUCGCGCAACAAUUGGCACCAAUACAAGAGCCAUCCUCACAACAACAUCAGACCCUGAUCAUCGAAGAGUUUGAGCCAGAUGUCUUCCGUCAGCUGAUCGAAUACAUCCAUACAGGCUGCGUCACCCUUCAGCCAAGAACAUUGCUUGGUGUGAUGAAUGCAGCUGACUACUACGGCUUGGAUGAAUUACGGCGCGCGUGCGCAGGUUUCGUACAGUGUUGCAUCACGGUCGACACGGUUUGCGCACUCCUUGCGUCUGCUGAGAGAUACAUCCAAUACAAAUGCACUAAGUCCUUAGUGCAAAAGGUUCUGGAGUUUGUUGAUGAACAUGGCAAUGAAGUGCUCAAUUUGGGGUCAUUCACCCUCUUGCCACAACACGUUGUGAGAUUGAUACUAGCUAGAGAUGAACUGAAGGCUGAUGAAUUUACUAAAUUUCAAGCUGCUCUUAUGUGGAGUAAGAAAUAUUUUGACACAAACCCUAACAUGGUGUUAAAAGAUGUCAUUGGAAAUUUUCUCGAGUACAUACAAUUCCAUAAGAUCCCCGCCAACGUUUUAAUGCGAGAGGUCCAUCCUCUUGGCUUGGUUCCGUAUUCGAUUAUCAUGAAUGCGUUGGCUUAUCAGGCAGACCCGGCCAGCGUAGAUCCAGGCAAACUUUCACCCGCGCGAGUGCGCCGUGCCGGCCGUUCUAUGUCCGUACAGUCUUCUCUUGACCCCUACGGCUCCAACACCACCCUCUCCUCCACCGGCUCGAGCGAUGUACCGUCAUCAGACUCACGGCACAACUAACGCGAGGGGAACGUCCCCCGUCCCGCGCCCGA